GAGAGAGAGAGAGUGUGUUUAUGCCGCUGUGAAUCUCUGCUAAUAUUAAUGCGCAUGUCUCAUGGUUUAUGAACGCUUCACUCAGAUGGAUGGAUGAACUUCUGUCACCAUUAGUAGCGUCUUCGGGCAGAAGAACACAUGGUCAUGAUGAGGAUGGUGGUGUUCUUGCUCUCUGUGAUGAUGGUCUAUGUGCUCUUGAUGGAUGCUACGGUGGAAAGCACUGCAGAAUUUGAUCCAUAUAAAGUUCUUGGAGUCACCAGAAGCGCAAGCCAAGCAGAAAUCAAGAAAGUGUAUAAACGCUUGGCCAAAGAAUGGCAUCCUGAUAAAAACAAAAAUCCUGAAGCUGAGGACAUGUUCAUCAAGAUUACAAAGUCUUAUGAGAUCUUAACAAACGAGGAGAAGAGAGCCAGCUACGAUCAUUAUGGACAAACAGAUAACACUCACCCAUAUGGACGCGGCCAUCACGGUUUCCGUCACUUUCAUGAUAACUUCUACUUUGACGAGUCUUUCUUCCACUUUCCCUUCAACAAUAAGGGUGGCCGGGACUUUGCUGACAGCAAGUACACGUUGCACUUCAACCAGUAUGUCAAUGAAGUUGUGCCGGACAGCUUCAAGAGGCCUUACUUGAUCAAGAUCACCUCAGACUGGUGCUUCAGCUGCAUCCAUAUCGAGCCAAUCUGGAAAGAAACAGUGCAGGAAUUGGAGACUCUAGGGAUUGGAAUUGGUGUGGUUGAUGUUGGUUAUGAGCGGCGUUUAGCAAAUCAUUUGGGCGCUCAUCAGACUCCAUCCAUUCUUGGUGUCGUCAAUGGAAAAGUGGCUUUCUUCCAUUACGCUGUUGUUAAAGGCCACUUGAUGCAGUUUGUAGAAGAUUUGCUGCCACAGAGACUAGUUGAAAAGGUUACAGACAAGAACAACCAAGAGUUUCUGAAGAGCUGGCAUGAGCUGAACAAGCCACAUGUUCUCCUGUUUGACCAAGUGCCUUCGGUUCCUUUGCUUUAUAAGCUUACAGCAUUUGCCUAUAAGGACUAUGUGCAAUUUGGAUAUGUGGAUCAAGGUCUUUCUGAGACCGCUGACCUGCUGAGAAAAUUCAACAUAAACACUUAUGCGCCAACCAUGCUUGUCUUCAAAGAGGAUGUUGAGAAGCCUGCAGAUAUUAUACAGGCUAAAGGGAUGAAGAAGCAGAUAAUAGACGAGUUCAUCUCCAACAACAAGUUCCUCCUGGCCCCUCGUCUGGUGAACCAGAAGCUAUUUGAUGAGAUUUGCCCUGUUAAACAGUUCCAUCGUCGCAGGAAAUAUUGCAUUCUACUCAUCACUGGUGAGGAAGAGUCCUUCGCCACAGGAAAUGAAGCCUUCCUCUCGCUAGCCUCUGCAAACACUAAUGAUGUGCUGCGGUUUGCUUACGUCUACCAGCGACGUCAGCAACCCCUCUGUGAUGUUCUCUUGAAGAACAAAGACGGCACACCACCACAGCAGGUGGUGAUUCUGGAGAGGCGUAAUGGAGCUGGUAAAAUUCUGUAUAAGCCAGUUUUGGGAGGAUGGAACGGCAGUAAGGAAGACAAACACAAGCUUCUGGAGGAACUCGAAAGACUGCAGAAGGAUCCCUCCAUCCUCAACAAUGAUGCCGUUCUCCCAGAGCUCAACAAUGAGUUCACCUCGAUGUUUUUAAUUAAAUGGAUUUACACGGCAUAUGACUACUUGUCUGAAAUUAUCGAUGAUCUUCUUCACAAUAACUGGCGUGAGAUGAUGCCCCUACUGUCUUUGAUAUUCUCUGCACUUUUUAUUUUAUUUGGCACUGUAGUUAUUCAGGCUUUCAGUGACUCAAGUGAGGAAAAACAGCCCAAAAUGAAAGCAAAAGAGGCAUCCAAGACCGAGAACGGUUCGCCAAAUACCUCCAGCACAUCCAGCAGUCGCCCACCAAAGAAGAACUUUGUGGAGGUGACAGAGUUAACCGACAUUACGUACACUAGUAACCUGGUUAAGUUGAGGCCGGGUCACAUCAAUGUAGUUCUGGUACUUACUGAUUCCACAAAGAACAUCCUGCUCAGCAAGUUUGCCAAAGAAGUUUAUUCGUUCACUGGGAGUUUGACGUUACACUUCUCCUUCCUAAAUGUGGAUAAACAUAGCGAAUGGAUGGCGGCCGUGUUGGAAUACGCCCAGGACGCCAUGCAGAUCGACACAGAUGAGGACGAAGUGGGCAGCCGCAAAGCAGACUACACAGGCUAUGUUCUAGCCCUCAAUGGCCAUAAGAAAUACCUGUGUCUUUUCAAGCCAGUCUACACAGGUGAAGACUUGGAUAGCAAGCCGGAAGAGGAAGGAGGAGGCUCCCGGUCCAGGAAGGGCUUGACACGCUCUCGAUCCACAACUCUUCAGAUCCACCACAAACUGGAUCGACUCGGACUCUGGAUGGAGCGGCUGAUGGAAGGGACGCUGCCCCGGUACUACGUCCCAGCCUGGCCUGGUCUGGACAAGAUCACUGUCAACAAAUAAAGCCUCAUGGAAGCUAGCAUACAUUUGCUAGAGCUAAUAACCCAGCUGGAUUAGAAGCACCCGAUGGCCUCAGCGAAACCAGGCUUGAUGCUGCACAGAUCCGGAAGCUUGCGAGACAAUUCUAUGUAAGACUUUGCAGAAGUGACUUUGGUUUAGUAUUGUUAAGGAAAGGUAAAUGUUUGGAGUACUUGAAUCGACACUGAUGCUGACCUCUUGGAAAUCUUUAGUUUGGCUGCUCUAACGGAGGGCUUUACAGUCAGUUUGGAUAUUUGGUAUUUAUUUCAAAAGGCUGUUGGUUGAGAGGCAAAAUAUCGAUGCAGCUAGCCUAGCUUUCGAUUUUAAACAUUUCCUUUCCACGAAUAACAUUGCAACAUGCUGCUAGUUGAAAAACAGCUAACAUAUUGUAGCAUAACAAACAUGAUCACUGUAGACUUUUAGUCUUAACUAUGUUUACUCAUGACAAUGCUGUGAAUUUUUAUGUUUUACAAUUUUAAGAGACACUUUCCUUUUUAAUUUAACCCCCUUGAUCUACAAAGUGCAAUAUUUAACUUUUUGCUAACAAUUUACAAUAAGGUGAAUUAUAGACUAAAACAUUUUUAUCAUUUCAAAAUUGUGGUUUAUUGUUCGUUUAUGAUGCCAAAUGCAUUAACUAAUGUUAACAAACUGUUGCCACAUUUUAAUGUUUUACUUGCAAUUCCUUACCUAAAAAAAA